AUGACACUUACUCUCUUCGCUCGGGUUUCUACUAGUGCAGUCAAAUAUUCGUUCACUAAGGAUACGCUGUUACUAUCUAAUCCUAAAAGGACUUUUUCCGCAACGGUUUCCGUUAUGGCGAACUGUGUCCGCGAAAUCGAAGGUGACCUUUUCAGUGCGCCCAAGGAUCACGCGCUGGCUCACUGCGUGGCAGCCGAUCUGAAGAUGGGAGCUGGCAUAGCGGUCAGAUUCAAGCAGCUCUACGGUAAGCUUGACGAGCUGAAAGCGCAAAAUAUCGGCGUCGGUGGUGUGGCAGUGCUAGCCGAUGGUCCUUCGCGCUACGUCUACUACCUUAUCACCAAGAAAACGUACAACCUGAAGCCUACGUACGACGAUCUUACUAAGUCGCUGCAAGCGAUGAAGGAACACAUGGCGGCAAAUGGCGUGGAAAAACUGGCCAUACCGCGAAUCGGUUGCGGAAUCGAUGGACUUGAGUGGGGUAAAGUGAAAGAGAUUUUAAACAACGUUUUUGGUGAAGGUGGAUUGUACGAGAUCGUCGUGUACAAUUUUGUACCGAAGUAAUUCUUUUGCUAUUGUUCGCAGAAUGUUCCUUGCAUGCGUAGAAAUUACAAUC